AUGGGCGAGAAAGACGCACGCAGCAGUGCACCUCCGCCGCCAAGCUACCAACGGAUCCAAUCUGGAGGCGUAGAUCGCUCGCAAGAGCAACAUGACCGUCAGCAGAAUGUCUCGCGUACUGCUGGACCAAGUGCUCAGCGGGGCGGGCUGGCCUCUAACAAUCCAUUCCGAGAAGCGAGUGCAGCUCCUCAAGAUCACCGCCCAUCCAGUAGUAAGCCUACGCCUGUUCAGGAAUACCAGCCACCUCCAGGGCCGCCUCCUUCACACGCAAACAAGGAUGUAGAGAUGGGCGACGACGACUAUGUUCCGCCUCCAGGCCCACCGCCGGGCUACUCAGGGACAGCAACGCGUGAGGUUUCCAAGGCACCCACAUCUUCAGACGACAUGGAGCCUCCUCCAUACGAUCCAUGGGUUGGUCCAGAUGACAGUCUCCGCCCUCCGCCCUCUUUCGCUGCUGCGCAUCCUACAAACGCUAGGAGUCCGGCUGCUAAUGCUGACUAUGAUGAUGCCGCGCGGGCUCAUGCCUGGUGCCGCGAAACGCCUCUAUGGCGAGCCACUGAUCACAAUUCCCACAUCAUUGAGCGUAUUCAAGCUGGCGACCUGAGAUUGACUGUCCCUCCGAACACGACGGAUGUCACGCAAUACCAGCCUACGCUGGGACGGAGCUAUAUCAGAACUUCAUCUAAUGUCGGCGACACAAUCAUGCUGUCCGACAUUCCCAUCUAUGCUGCCAACGCAGAAAGUCCUCUGGUGACUGGCCGGCCGCACACCCUGUACUUUGAGGUCCACGUUAUGGGACUAGGCGAUAGGUACAAUCCAAGCAACACGAUUGAGUCCGGCAUUGCAGUCGGGUUUGUCGCUCCCCCCUAUCCAGCCUGGAGGUUACCAGGCUGGCAUCGAGCCUCUCUGGGAGUUCACAGUGAUGAUGGCAGACGCUACGUUGACAACAGUUAUGGGGGGCAAGACUUCACCUCGGCUUUCAAAAAGGGUGACGUGGUGGGCAUCGGCACCACUUUCCAACCCCCAAUUCACGGAGAUCGUGUGAGCAUGCGGUGUCAGGUCUUCUYCACGCGGAACGGCAAAAAAGAAGGCUGGUGGGAUCUCCAUGAGGAGAAAGACAGCGAUGCAGAUGAAGGCGAUGUCACGGGUCUGGAGGGCGAGCACGAUUUGCUCGCAGCUGUAGGCGUCUUCGGGAGUGUUGAGCUCGAAUGCGUGUUCAACAGGGCCGAGUGGAUGUUCAAGCCGUAA